AUCGUGUGUUUCAAGCAAACGGUUGCGCAUGCGCACUGCUGCCAAUUUGCGCGGCUUUCAGUGCAAGCUAUUGCGCAUGCGCACAGGCGCCACCACACCUAGGACCAAGCCCGUAAUGGCCUCCCGCCUUAAUUAACAUUUCCCCGUGCUGUAACUUCACUUGGGACAACAACCUUUCCUCUGGUGCUUCUUCAACGAUGUCGCCGUCGUCGAACAGGCUCAGACUCAACCGAAGCAGAAUAAAACACGUCGCUUGUGUGAAGGCGGCGCGGAGAACAGCAGGCCGCCAGGCGCCCGUCGACGUGGACGCCGAGGCCAACAAUGGCGGUUAUCUUUCUCGUGGAAGUCGUGUGGAGCGGCGCGGCUUGACAGAUGUUGAUGGAACUGUGAAUUCCAUCUCUACUUCCUUCGCUGGUUCAGAGGUGUCUUUAAAAAGACGCUCACAAGCAUCCACAUGCACUAUCUGUGGCCACUCUAAAUGCAUUUCCCCUCAGAGGAGAACCCAAGUCAAACUUGUGGCAAAAAGCUUUGACCUCUGUCCAGAAAAGACAUCCAGGGAAGACGUCAGGCUAGGCCGCCACCCUAAAGUAACCCUUUGUGACGUUGUCCGAAACUGUAGGGUGAAGUGGGACCGUUCUCGCUUUUUGCUACCAGAUGUUCUGAGAACCGAGACUGUGUAUUGCUUCAAACAGGACAUGAGAGUUGCCGGAUUUCAGUCAAGUCCCCGUUGUGACCAGCGCCAAAAUACCACAGUGCCGUAUCUGAGAAUGCGGUUGUCUGGAAACCGGAGACAACCAGUAGAAAAUACAAAGAAAGAGAGUGGAAUCAAUUCUACUGCAAGUCGUUUCUCAAAUGGUAGGGACAGUGAUGUCUCUAAAACAUCCUUCUGGUUUGGAAAGGCGGGUCAAAGCUCAGGUGGGAAUGUUAGAACAAAAAGACAGGACCUGGACAACAUUUUAAAGGAAGUGCAAAAAUGCAGUCAGUCAUGUCCAGAACCUACACUCAGGAAAGACAACGGUGUCCCUGAAGAACCUUGCCCUAAAAAGGUAGCGCAAGAGACCCCAGAAUUGUUCAGUGACGACCAGGCAACUUUCACCUGCCAGAGGGUGAGGGUCCAUAUUAGAAGAGAACACUAUUCAUGUGCACGCACAGACAAGGCGUGGCCCUUUGCUGACAAUGGACCCGCCCUUUUGAAGCUACCAGCAGACAGGCAAAGGUUAUCUCCGCAGCAUCACCAACCUCUGGGCUCGUUAGGAAGGCAAAGCAGUGACAUUCACCAUGAAGCAGAUCUAACAGAGGGUGUAGGACACAAGUCUUCACAUGAAACAGAAAAUAAUUCACUUCAUGCAAAGAAAUUAACUGUAGGUCUUCCUGCAGUUACUACUACCUCCUUCACCGCGAGUCAGCAAUCAGAUUCUGGUACUGACCUACUGUCAGUUGGUCCAUCCUCGUCAACGCAUUCCCCUUCAGAACUUGGCUUGAGAGGCUCGCUUACAGACAGGCCUGUGUUCGCCUUAUCUCCCAUCCCCAAGGCUGUUUGGAGUCCAACUUCUUCACCAAGCGCUUCCAUUUCCCAGGGUUCACAGCAGUCCUCCUUCCUCUUACACCAAGAGAUAGGAACACAUGACAGCAGCCCACCUUUAAACUAUGAGUUGCCUCCUGCAAUAGACAAGUGGGAUGAAGAAUACAUGGAGAACACUCAAAGUGAGUUUGUACUUCCGCCUGUGCUUUCUCCAUUUAAUUCACCAAAAGGAAACUUCUCUAGCCAAAACAUUUCACUCGACAAAGACGUGAUGAAUACGCUUUUGCCACGAGUCUUCAUCAAUGGUUUGAUAAACCUGGGAAAGGGUAAUCAAUUGGAUGUAGUCUCCUCUGAUCUUGGAUCCCUUCCUGACCAUCUGGCAAGAGAAACUCAGGCUUCUCCCUGCAGUGUCGGAGAUGUGGACAAUCGGACUCAUGUGGAAACUAAUGAAGCACGAGGUACACCUGAGAAACCUCCAUCGGACCAGACACCAGACCGGGACCAUUCCACUACGGAACUACGCUCUCCUCUGAGUACUUGGAAUGGUGAUAGAGGUGGAGAGCCCAACAAGGAGCAACCGCCAUCUUCUGUGGCUGCUCGGCCGUGCGUUUUGGAUGAGCUUACAGCGUAUCAACACGAUAUACUGCUCGUCGACGUCAACCACGAUGAGUCGGAGCUCUUUGAGGACCUACCCCAGGAGAGUCUGCUAAAACUUGGUCCUGUCAGGGUUCAAGUAAACCAAGUGACGUCUCGUGCGCCGCAAACUAUGAAACCAAGAUGGACCCCUGUUAAUAUCAAGUUUCCAUGUGGCAGCCCUGACGUCCAUGAGGAAAGCAUCAGCCGACCCUGGAGGCCUCAGAAUGGCAAUAAUAUUUGCCCCAAAAGCCAAAAGGACACAUCCUUUGUCACAGAUAGACAAACCAGGCCAAUGGGCAAGUAUGAAGCCUACAAAAAUCGAAUCAAUGGAGGCCAGGAAAGACAGCAGCCCAUCCAGAACCAAUCACACAAUCCCAUACCUCAUCUUUGCACUUGGAAAAAUGGUCCAUGGAUGCCAAAAUCUGCAAACAAGAGAGAUAUUGGAUGUAAAAAAACAGCUUCUUACUGCAGACUCUUCUUCAGUGAAUCAGAGUCCUGUGGCUUUAAGGUGUGCCGCUUCCUGCAUGUUCCUAAGGAGGGCGAUGAGAAGUUGUGUGUGGACACUGUGACACGCUUCAUCAGAAAUCCUACGUGCGUCCACAAAGCAGGCGCUGUCUUCACAGGCUACUACCAGAAUAAUGCUCCAGGGAGCUUUUUCUCCAAGCCAGUCUUUCUAUCGCUCCUGUGGGCCCUGCUCGAAGCAGGCCUGGUGUCUGAUGUCUUGUCAGUUCUCAGCGUCAGCUUGGCUCACAACAUAGCGCCCAACCAUGAGUUCCUGCGCGCUCUCUUCAAUGUUGUGAGAGAGAGAAGUUUGAGCAGCUUUGUAGCUCAAGUCACACAGCUUUCUUACAAGAUGGCCUGUGCAAACUUAUUGCUGAGCUUGGACUGCUUUGACAGCGUUAAAAACUAUCCUGAAUUCCAGCAGAGUACGUUUACCACUACUUCCACAAACCAUUGGUUAUGUACUUCAUCCAGCAGGGUGCCCAUGUUGGACUACAUGACCUUGUCCUACAUUAUUGAGAUAGAGCUUAGCGCCAAGCUGGAGGACUGGUGCCAGAUGGCAGAGGUUUUUUGCUCCAUUUGCGCAUCCUGCCAAGAUGGCAGCCAACUGGAGCGCAUCAGCAGUCACAUCAGUGUGGCACUUCUGUUGGAGAGCAAGGACAAGAUGUCUCUGCCCUUUGCCGCCUUCGCUGAGACAAUUUGUCAAAAAGAAAGUCCCAAGUCUGUGUUGAUGAAUUUGUUUGGGAGGAUUGGAGUGUCCCUCAUGCUAAGAUACUAUAAAAGAAAGCAGUGGGCUAAGGGUCGCAGGGUGGUGGAGGUGCUGUCCCUUUCCAAAGUCAGCUACUCCAUGCUGAAAGGCUUAUUUGGGAAUGAAGAUGGCGGCUCACGCUGCUCUUUGAUCACCAUGGCAACAGAGCUCUUCCUGCUCAGCGGCAGCCUGGAAGGAGCGCUCAACACACUCCGAGAAAACCAGUGGUUCCUGAGUUCCAGCCUUUGGCCGUGUCCGCCCGCUCACCUGGAGAGCAGAAGCCGUGUGCUCAUCCAUCUGGCCGAGAGGAGCUCACACAGGGACAAACUGGAGGUCCUCUCCAAUCUCCCCGGAAUCCAAGAGCCCAGUGACCAGGUUGAGGUCCUCAGGUACACCGGGCUCUUUAACUCCCACCUGCAAGUGUGCGUGGACAGACACGUGCUUCCUGUUGCAUCUGACAUGGUGGACUUCAUGCUCCGUAAGAAGCUGCUGGUGGACUACGCCGUGCUGCAGAGGCUCAUUCAAAAACUGGCCAAGCAGAACCACUGGCUGCGAGCACGCCAGGUCUUCAAACACUCUCUAACUGCUGGCUACUACCCCGCCAUAUCCGCCCCCCCCGGGUUGAUGGCACUGAUGGUCCCCAGUCAACUGGUAGAAGAGGAGGUGGCGCUCGCAUAUGAGAUGUUCAUCGCCGUCAACGCCUAUGCUGUUCUGCCCCUCUCAGAGAUCACACCGUCCACCCUCAGCAUCACCCUCAAGAGGACUCAGGAGAGCGAGAGCGAUUACCUGCUGGCCGGCAGCCGCCUGCUGGCUGCUGCGUGCUUGCUUCAGCCCAAACUGCUGCUGCACUACACCGCUGUCAACUCCUCCCAGGAGCAAGUCUUCACCCUCAGCCUGGCCUCGGCCCAGCGCUGGCUGCACAAUAACCAAGCGUGGGCUAACCAGGUGUGGACUUAAGUGAGUGGUCCAUGUUUGACUGAAUUAUUGUAUAUUAGUGGCAGUUCAAUUAUGUCCAUGUAUAUUUUUGUUUAUAAUGUUUUUAUUCAAAGUUCUGCUUUAAAAGUUCUGCUACACAAAAGCA